AUGGCAGAUCAAGAUGGCAGCACAAGUAUCGCGGCACGCAUCGCCGCUUUAAAGUUGGACCAAGUAGGUCGACAACCUACGGGGAAGACAGGCCCUCCUACCUUGCCGAAGAAGAGACCGGAUCUUCCAUCGAGACCGCAGACAACUAAUGUGCCUCCUGUGGGAGUUCAUGUCUCCGCUGCUGAUGCGGGCCAUGAUAUAGGCAAUCAGCCGGCGACAAGGGAAGUGCCCGGACGUACGCCUCCGACGAUGCCAACCCGACCAGCUAGGAGUGCUGCUCCCAAGUUGCCACCAAGGCAACCCUCAGGUCCAACACCGCAAUUGCCGCCCAGGAGACCUUCCGAAACACCAUCUAACAUGUCUGCAAGACCGGAUGCAACUAGAAAGCAAUCGAGCGAAUCCGUGGUCUCAACUAGGUCAUCCAUUUCGACAGCUUCUACAAGGACUGGUAUGAGCUCGGCUACAAGCAACUCCGGAACUAUGUUCGCGAUCCGGGCACCUUCGUUCGAUGCAUCGACACUGCCUCCACUGCCUCAUAAGCGGACCCCUAGUCUGCCGGAACGCAGUCCUAUUCUGCAUCAGAGCAAAUCAUCUCCUAAUGUGCUUCCUGCAGUCCAGGAACCUGCAAGACCGGCGUUGCCCUCUAGACCUCCACUACCCACUAGAACCCCUUCUUCCUCUCCAAGUAUCACAGAUCAGGGAGUCGUCAAGCCCGCAGCUCCUAAAAGAUCUGCUUUGAGCAUGGGCUUCAAUACCACCCCUAAGACUCCGGCCAUUCCAGAAAAAUCCGAAUCGGUUGCACCGCCGCCUGUUCCUACUUCUUCGCGGCCUGAUCUCUCCAAGUUGUUAGCAUCUAAGCCCAGCAGUAACGGCUCUGGGAAUACGAAUGGUACAGCUAUAUCGGCAGCAUCAGUCCUGCCUGGUCAAGGCUCCUGCUUGAAGUGUCGAGACUUUUCCAUGGUUGAUGCACACGCUGCGCGUUUUCCACGACAAUCAAUACCAUCACAAGAUUUGGCCUGGCUCGCUAAUUCGCUCACAUCCCCUUUCCAAUCACUGACCGACAAAGCUCGUGCAAUCUUUGUCUGGUUGCAUCAUAACAUAGAUUACGACGUCGUAGCGCUGUACACGAACAACCUGAAGUCAUCAACGCCCGGCUCGACAUUGGCUACUGGGCUCGCCGUUUGCGAAGGUUAUGCUGGUCUUUUCACUGCACUCGCCUCUAAAGCUGGUCUGGAGAGUAUGGUCGUUGGUGGUCACGGAAAAGGCCUAGGCUUCGAGGCUGUGACUCCUGGCACUCCUCUGCCUCGUGAAAAUGCAACAGGCCACGCCUGGAACGUGGUCAAAAUCGACAAUGGCCAAUGGAAAUUGAUUGAUCCUUGCUGGGGUGCCGGUCACUCCGAGGGAUGGGGUCAGCCUUAUAAACGAGAGUUCCAUGCCAUACACUUUGUUGGAAGUAAUGAAGAGUUUGGGCGCAGUCACUUCCCGAGCGACAAGAAUCGAUUCUACAGGAGUGAUGGUCGGCAUACAAUCACUUGGGCAGAAUACCUGUUGGGCGAUACCAAUGGUCACGCUCCACCUCAGACUUUCGGAAACAUGACAACGGAUGAGGGCAUUGACGAGCACUCCGUGUCGCCCAGAGUCAAGCAGAUCUCGAUCCACGACCCACAGCCCUAUAUCCGCUUCCAAUUCAACAAAGUCUGUCCCCAUUGGGACAAUGCGAGGAACGGUAAGGGCAAACAUUACUUGUACUUGAUAUUCUUGCCGGAGAGCAACGGUAGACCGGCACGUGAAGUUCCGCUGCAAACCAAUAGAUACUUCUGGUACGCUGACGUGUUAGUAAGCGAGCUUGGUAAUCCAGGUCAAGAGAUCAAGCUAGGCACAGUGACCACAUGGAAGGGCCGUGAUGGUAGGGGAAUGGUUCCGAGCGACUACAACAAGGAGGGUGGAUUCUCGGGUUCAUAUGCUUUUGCUGCCAAAUGGGAGCUUGUGUAA